AUGGCUUCUUCCGAGAGAAGCGCACUAAUAAAUAAGAUGUUUUAUCGAAAUGGGAUUGCCAUUCACGAGGUCGAACCCAAUACGCCCAGCGCCGAUGGGAUCAAAUGGGUGAAUGUCUUCCUCGACCAGGGCGACUCUCGAGGCGAUGAUCUGGCGAUAAUGCACACAAUAAUCACCUGUAUCCAUACUAGAGUGGUCAGCAUUACCAAUCAUGCCAUGCAUCACAAGUCCCCGCUGUGCCUCUCGAUUCGAGUGUCUGGAAACCACCAUGACCAAGAGUCAAUCUUGGCUGCGGCGGAGCUAUCAGUGGAGCAUUUGAGAUCGCAGGUCGCGUUGGGAACGAUACGGAUCAAUCGAGACUUGCUUUUCCGAAGGUAG